AUGGACUCCCAGAAGAUGAGCUACAAUGCUGGAGCGGCCAAGGGCCAAACUCAGGAAAAGAUGAGCAACAUGAUGGACAAGGCUUCUAAUGCUGCUCAGUCUACAAAAGACUCCAUCCAAGAGGCUGGUCAACAGGCCCAGGCCAAGGCACAAGGAGCUGCUGAUGCAGUGAAGGAUGCAUUGAAUAAGUGA